AUGUUGGAGGAGCUGCUCAUCUUCACGCGCGGCGGCCUCAUCCUGUGGUCGCUGGCCGGCGCCGCCGCUGCGCUGAAGGGCUCCCCGAUCGACGCACUCAUCCGGUCCUUCCUCCUCGAGGGCCGCUCAGCCUCCGCCGGGGCCGGCGCCGGCUUCACCCACGGCCCGCACGCGCUGCGGGUGCUCCACCUGCUGUACGUCGACGACCUCCUGGCCGCCGUCAGCGCGGAAUUCGCGCGGAUCUACAACCCGAGCCGCGUGUCCUACGACGAGUUCGGGGAGAGGUUCCGGCAGCUCCAUCUCGAGGCCGAGGCGCGCGCGUCCCGUCCGCCCCCCGUCUCCGCGAAGCCUGCUCCAGCUUCAUCCCCUGGCGCUCUCCAGCCCCAUGGUGGCGUUGGCGGUGGUGGUGGUGGUGCUGGUGGUGGUGAGAAGAUGGGUGAUGAGUCUGGGAAGGAUGACUCCGAUGGUGAGCCUUCCAGGCAGGCCAAGCACAGCUCAGCAGCAGAUGGUAGCUUCAAUGGUGUGGAAGAGAAUUCUCAUGCCGGCAAUGGUGGUGUUGUUGUGGAAAGGGAGGAGGAAGGAGGUCCCAACAAUGGGGCUUUUAAUUUUGAAAACAUAACAAAAUUCCUUUUUCCACGCAAUGAUAAAGACAAGCGGAAUAAACCUGUGCACAAGGAUAAGAAGAAACCGAGACCAGGGAGAGACAAGAAACCUGUACCCAAGGAUAAGAAACCAUCCGAGAAGAAGUUGGAUUAUUCCAACCCGGCGGUUCAUGGCGGAGGGGCUGGGGAGCAGACGGCUGUCAACCAGGGGAAGAGCAUGAUGGAUAAGGAUGAAGCGGUGAGGAGCACAGCAAAGGAUGGGUGGUUCUCCUCAAUGUUCAGGAGCAUUGCAGGUAGCAAUGCAGAACUGAAGGAGUCUGAUCUGCAACCUGCACUCAAAUCUCUGAAAGACCGGCUCAUGACCAAGAAUGUAGCCGAGGAAAUUGCAGAGAAGCUCUGUGAAUCAGUCGCAGCCAGCCUCCUAGGCAAGAAGCUUGGAUCGUUCACACGGAUAUCCUCUUCUGUUCAGGCAGCUAUGGAAGAGGCUCUGGUUCGCAUUUUGACCCCAAGGCGAUCUAUUGACGUACUGAGAGAUGUUCAUGCUGCCAAGGACCGUGGCACGCCGUAUGUCAUCGUCUUUGUUGGGGUUAAUGGGGUAGGCAAAUCCACUAACCUCGCAAAGGUUGCUUAUUGGCUUCUUCAGCAUGAUCUUAGUGUCACGCUGGCAGCAUGUGACACCUUUAGAUCUGGCGCUGUUGAGCAGCUGCGCACACAUGCUCGCAGGCUUCAGAUUCCAAUAUUUGAGAAAGGAUACGAAAGGGAUCCAGCUGUAGUGGCGAAGGGUGCGAUUCAGGAAGCCACCCGGAACAAAUCAGACGUCGUUCUUGUCGACACCGCAGGGCGUAUGCAAGACAAUGAGCCACUCAUGAGGGCACUCUCCAAGCUCAUCAAUCUUAAUAACCCGGACCUGGUUUUGUUUGUGGGAGAAGCGCUGGUGGGAAAUGAUGCUGUUGAUCAGCUCACCAAGUUUAGCCAGAAACUGACAGACCUUUCCACUGCUCCCACUGCUAGAUCGAUAGAUGGCAUCCUGCUUACCAAGUUUGACACCAUUGAUGACAAGGUUGGAGCAGCGCUUUCCAUGGUGUAUGUAUCUGGAGCUCCUGUCAUGUUCGUUGGCUGUGGUCAGUCUUACACUGACCUCAAGAAGCUCAACAUUUUCUUGAAGUUUCCUGAUGCUCAUCUAGCUCUGGGUGCUUGCCCCGAGAGCAUGCUGGAACUCGGCUCCGUUCUCCUGGCUGUUUUCUCAUCAUAUGGUUUGGAAAAUUUGGGCCAAAGGAACUGGUUGGCCUUGGGUCUUCAGUAA